AAAAAAACAAGUGGAAAAUGGAGAUUCCGAGGCGGAGAAGCUGGCACAUGCUUAGCAUAGGCUUGGUUCUUCUUGUGAUCUCAACUAUCGGUGGCUCCAUACAGAUAGACAACCGACUGGUUCAACCGCAGCAUGAUUGCUUCGAGCGGAUAGCAUUAGGUGCCAUGCUGCCAUUUGAGAAAACGUUUCGAAACUCCGACACCAAUUCGUUGAAAAUCUGCGAAACCCUCUGCCUCAACGACAAGGAAUGCCAAACAUUCUCUUUUGGCAUUUCUGGACGAGGAAAUGGAACCUGUCAGCUAUCAGCCAAUAUAAUCGAUGCAACCAACUCUCGACCAGUCGGUACCAUUUUCGAUCCGGACUUUGAUCUCUAUGCACGAAAGUACAACUGUUUUUUAGAGACGGGUGGGCCUUCGAAUCCUCCGCCGCGGCCCGGAGGCCUGGGUAGUUUCCCAGCGAAUGAACUACCACCCGGUGGAACGCAACGGCCUUCAUCUUCGUUUCCUCCGUCUGGGUCGCCCGUUCGACCCGGGUCACCAGUCUUCACCCCUGCCGGUACUACCGCUACGGGUGAUCCAAUUUCUACCACCAACGGUGGAGGAUUCCCGGAUGCACGACCAACCAGUGAAUAUCCCGGUACAUUCUCAACCAGCAUCGGCACAACCUACGGCGGACAAUCUACCGGUGAAACGGUUCAAGAAACAACCGCUCCAGAUGAAGAGUACUACACAACAAACGAGCAACCUUCGUCGACCUUAACUGGCCAUUACUCUCCACCUACCAGUACUGCUUCGGGGCAUCAAAUUACCACCGGCGGAGAUCGGGCGCCACCGAACCAACCACCGUCAACCAUGCCGGCUGAAUCACCCACAAAGUACCCACUAGAUCUCAGACCUCAAAGCUACCCGGGAACUAGUCCUGCCCGACCGGUCAACUACCCCAACUACCAAUAUCCAAUGCUCUACGAAACGAAUUACCCGAUGCCCAACAAUAACGAACGACUACCGGAUGUCUACGCACAGAACAUUCCGUCACUCGAUAACAACUACCUUCGACCGGAAUACGCGGGAUACUUUGGCCAUCGGCCAUCAGGUCCAUCUGCCCCGACGGGAAACAUGAAACCAGUAGAUAACACCAUCUCCAACUACGGAGGCACUGGACCUCAACGACCGGUAGAAAAUAAACCCUCCGGCUACGGAGGAGGCCCUCUUCGACCAUCCGGUUCAGGAUCCGGACCCAGCUCUUCGGGACACUUUGUCACACGCCCACCCCCAGUAGGACCAUCCGGAUCAGAUGGUUACAAAGUAACGGAGGAGCAUGACCUACAUCCGACCAAGUUCCGACCGUGCUACCGAAGGGUACUGGCCGGAAAGCGAGUUGGACCACAGUGGGUACGGCGAACGCUAAUUUGCGAACGCGUAGAAGACUGUCAACGGGAAUGCGGAGACGAACGGAGGUUCCCUUGUGAAGGGUUCAACUAUCGAAUUGAUCCCACCGGCCGUGGUCAAGGGGACUGCGAACUGAUCGAUCAACCCCUGUCCCAAAUCGAUCUCUACUCAAGUCCGCACCAGCGUGACUCGAAUCUGAUCCGUGAUCCAGACUACGACUACUACGAACGCGACCGUAGUGCUUCACCUUCGUGUCGACCCAGCUAUGGCUGCAAGGAUGGAUGCGGGAUGAAACCCUAUCGCCCACCGCCGAUCGAUUACAUAAGACCCACUACUUAUCGUCCGCACCCAGAAAACUACAAACCUUUCGCUACUCACGACCGCAUUCCCUACGAGGAGAAUCGCUACAAGCCCAGCACGGCAGUUGACAAAUAUCGACCACCGACUUUCACCCGACCGGACUUUGAUCGGUACGCGUCUAGCCACUACCCUCCACCACCUCCACCGCCUUUCAAACCCAACUAUGGUGGCAGCGGUGGCGAUAUCGAUCGCUACGGAUCAAUCGAUCACGAACACUACAAACCUCCACAGCACGGUCCCUCAUACGUUAGCGGAUCGUACGAUCGACAUGAUUAUUUCCGUCCAUCCUAUCCUUAUCCCGAAGAAGAUCGCCCCUUCAUUCAUCGUCCUCGCCACCCCUACGAAGACCGCGAUUCAGCCCCACCGCCACUACCACCCCCAUCACAAUACCCAUCUCACUCCGAAAAACCCAACACCUUCAUCCCUUACCUCAUCGGAAAGGAUGCCACCAAGAACUGGGGCGCCUACGGUGGAACCUACGGCCACAGUGGAUCCGAUUCCUACAAAACCAAUUCCGAUUACUGGGGACUUCGGAAUGAAGUCAAACGCUACGACGGACCGACGUUCAACUACUUUGAACUGAAAAAUGAACACCACCCGGAGGAUAAUACUAUCUUGCAUUACGGGGGUCGUAAGUACGGCUACGAAGAUCCCAAUGCGCUCGCCAUCCCAGAUUAUCGACCCGAUCGGAUAGCGCACUUUGGACCGCAGUGGACGCGACGGCCGGGUCACGAUGAAUGUUCGGUCAAAUCGAGCGAAGGCUUCCGGCUACACAAGGGAAUCGUCAAGUACUCCCUGAACACUCCAACGGUGAUCGAGUGCGAACGGAUGUGCUACUCCGAGUCACGUUUCCAGUGCUUGACGUUCAGCUACCGAUACUCGACAGUGUCCCGGGAAAACUGUUUGCUCUGCGAUCGGCCCUAUCAGCUGUUGGAUUUCUACGCUGACGUCGAACCGGACCGGGAUUACGAUAUCUACGCGAUGACCGAUGACCGGAGAUCUUGCCGCCCGGAGUCACACCCGCCGAUUAGGGAUGUCAAUGCACAAUGCUUCAUCCGAGUGGUCGACUCAUCGCGCUUCUACAAGGCGAUAGUGCGGGACUCGCUGACGGUGCGAUCAGUCGGUGAAUGUGAGCUAGAGUGCAUCAAGGCCUCCAAGUUCACGUGCCGUGCGUUCGCCUACAGCUUUGGACCGCAUUCGAUCAACUCGGUGAUCGACAACUGCCAGCUGUCGGAUUGGCCCGUACGCGAUAUGGACAAGGAUCGCCACCUGGUAUUUGACGAAGGAUUCGAUGUGUUCGAGCGAGCAAGCUACGGCCAGGGCUGUGAGAUCCAACCCAUCAUCGACGAUAAGCAUGCGAAGAAAUUCUGCUAUCUAGGUUACGGAUCACCGGCAAAACUACUUUCUUCGGCUAUCAAGAAGGUAAUAUCGGUUAAUACAGAACUUGACUGCAAGAACGAGUGCGUCCGGUUAAGGGAAUCAUCAGCCUUCAAGUGUUUGUCGUUCAGUUUUGGCUCGCAAGCUUCGACAUACAACUGUGAAAUGUCCGACCUGGACCAGAGCGAGCUGAAACUAGGUGUUCAUUAUGCCCACACCAACGAUCGAGAUUAUUGGCUGUUUGCGUGGAAUCCAUUCGAUUACACGUGUCGAGAUAAGAUCACCACUAUCAGUAGCGGAAAUGGAAACCGCGUGAACCACGACCGCCGGAUGGACAUAUUCCGGGAGCCGGGUGACGGAAGUUGGCGUCAGUACACCGUGUCGGGCAAACCGUGCCGGCUCGGAACCAAGUGCGAGCGCAACAAGAUCACAGGGUUUUACUCGUGCGAGAUAGAUGGUGAUGAGGUUGGUGCGUGGGACUAUUGCUGUAAGCCCGAGCACCCUUGCGGCUAUUCGCAAGGGUUCGAGUACCCAUGGUGCUUCGUGGGAGACGCUCCCGACCAGUGGCGCAAGUGCAGCGAUAAGUACUUCCCCAAGAAAUCUAACCAGCAUGGCCAUGGGCACCCCAAUGGGCUCACCGAUGGUACGCGUUAUCAAGACAAGAAUAAAAAGGGUGAAGUCUAUCAAUCACCUCCGAAACCGGGCGGACUGAGACACGUGGACGACGUCACUGCACCGGCAGAACUGUGGCCGGUGACGUUCCUCUACGACAAGGGCCCUCCCGGCAGCGGCAUGACAGUGGCCGCUUCGAAACAAAUCCCCCUGGCAAUCAAUGCGACCCAACUCAACAGCAACGUGAUCGAUUGCAAGAAGGACAAGUGCUAGAGAAUCAAGAAGACGAACAUGUGAUAAUGUGAUGAUGGAAGUUUGAUAGACCUUUGAAUAGCAGAGUGCGUUGUAGGAGUAGACAUAGUGAUUAGCAUUUAGUAGCAGACGUUAAGACUCUCUCCCCCUUCCCCUCCAUUGAAUAGCGUGUAAGAUGGCAAGAUAUCGAUCAAGACUUUUGCAUUGCUGCGAAUUUGAUGAUAAUACAAUACUGCCAAAAUGAUCUUUACCCUUCUUCUCUUCUGUUAAUAUAUUUAUGCCACUAUCAUUAGGGACAUCGUGAGCUCUUACCACUUUCUUUAUCGUGCGAAGGAGCAGAGAAUCAAAUUUUGUGGAAUUCUGAAGCACAACCAUAAAGAAAGCUGGUGACAAAAUUCAUCAACAAAAGGAUCUAAAUUAUGUUCGUAAGGUAGUCUUAAAACAAAAUUGAAUGUUACAUUUAGCUU